ACCGUAUAAGUGCCGAUGCACUUGCAUUAAAAAGAUAUUUCAAAUAUCGAACGCGCGUUUUCCCGCGAAAUAGUUGCAACAGUGAAAGAAAGUACAGGAUUCUCUGUGUUUGUGUUUAAUCUGUGGUGUAGUGGAUAUCAAAGAAGUCUGUAAUGGGAUCUCUGCCUCGCAUCUCGGUGGUAGCUGGUGGGCGGGCGGCAGUGCCGGCUGCACCACUGCCGAGUCACUUAGCACGGCUGGCCACCAGUCAAGACACAGCACUUAUGUAUUCAGAUGAAACCUGUAACGUUCGAAUCAGUUAUGCGGAGAUGGAAUCUCAGACAAAUGCCAUGGCGAAAGCACUGUCUGCUCACGCCAGACCAACCGGCACCAACAGGGAUGGUGACUAUGUUAUUGCAGUCUGCAUGCAGCCCACACAUAACACAGUCUUAACUUUAUUAGCAACAUGGAAGGCUGGAGCGGCGUAUGUACCAAUGGAACCGAGCUUCCCCCAAGCGAGGAUCUCACACAUAUUGAAAGAUGCUGAACCUGCCUUAGUUGUUUAUGAUGACAGUGCAAAUCCAGCUAUGUUCGUAGGAAGUGGUGUCCCACUGAUAUCUUUUGAGGAAUUGAUUCAAGAAGCCAGUGGUCUGUCUGGUGAAGAGGUCAAAAAUGAAGAGGUUUUGGCUCAGUCCAGAACUGACAGUAUUGCUAUUGUGCUGUACACAUCUGGAAGCACAGGUGUGCCUAAAGGCGUUCGUCUUCCUUAUUCGGCAAUAUGCAAUAGACUCUGGUGGCAAUUCCGAACGUUCCCUUACUCCACUACAGAGACGACCUGCGUAUGGAAGACUGCUUUGACCUUUGUGGAUUCUGUUUGUGAAAUUUGGGGCCCUCUUUUGCACGGUAGAACACUGUUAAUCCUACCAAAGGAGACCACUAGGGAUCCACAGAAAUUGGUGCGAGUUUUAGCCGAAAAUCAGAUUGAACGUUUGGUACUAGUGCCUACUCUCCUCCGAUCAAUCCUAAUGUACCUGUCCCUCAAACCUUCAGAGAGGCCUUUACAGCAUCUGAAACUUUGGGUCUGUUCUGGGGAGACUUUGAGUAAAGAGUUAACUUCACAAUUCUUUCGGUACUUCAGUGAUAAUGAUGGGUACAAACUAGCUAAUUUCUAUGGUAGUACUGAAGUGAUGGGAGAUGUCACGUACUAUGUAUUGGAUAAAAUAAGUCAAUUGGACUUGUUUAACACUAUUCCUAUUGGUUCCCCAUUAGACAAUUGUUCGGUGUACCUCCUAGAUGAAGAAAUGAACCCAUCCCGUGAAACUGAACCAGGAGAAGUCUGGGUCGCUGGACAUAAUCUGGCUGCUGGAUACGUGGGUGCCCAGGGUGCUGAUAAAUUCUGUGACAACCCACAUGCAGAUCAUCCAGAUUUUAGCCGUCUUUAUCGCACUGGAGAUUUCGGGAUCCUACAGAAGGGAGUCAUUCUUUACGCUGGUCGUACUGACUCUCAGAUCAAAAUUAGAGGUCACAGGGUCGACUUACAGGAGGUCGACCGUGCUGUUGCUGCAGUGGCUGGUAUUGAAAAGUGCGUCGUGUUGUGCUACGGCUUGGAGCGUGGUAACCCUGAAAUUUUGGCCUUCGUCACAAUAGAACAAAGUGCACGCAUCGCCGCCCAUCACAUUGAAGCUAGCCUCAAGAAUUCGCUGACCAGCUACAUGAUACCGCAGGUAAUCGUGAUAGAGAGCAUCCCUCUAUUGGUUAAUGGAAAGGUGGACAGACAAGCAUUGCUGAAAAUGUACGAGAAUACGAACAACAAUGAGGACACAGCCAUUGCAUUAGAUAUUGACUAUACUGGAGUAGAUGAUCAAGAGAAAGAAGCAGCUAAAGUUCUGUUCGAAACUGUGGGAGAAGUAUUAGGGCGAGCUGCCAGAGGAACACUGUCUGUAAGAGCCGGCUUCUACGAACUUGGAGGAAAUUCUCUCAACUCCAUCUACACAAUCACAAAGUUGAGGGAAAAAGGAUACUAUAUCGAAAUCAGUGACUUCCUGGGAGCAGCUAACCUCGGAGAGGUACUUGCUAAUAUGAGUACUAGUCCAGACAACGGUGAAGACAGCAAUGAGCCCAAGUUCUCAGCUGAGUUAAUGAAGGAUGAAGAUAAACAACAGGUUAUCGACAUGAUAGUGUCAUCGUUCUACGAGAAGGCUGAGUUGGAACAGUUCCUGAAACACGAGAUUGAUACGAUGGACUACGCGCACUGUAUAGACGCAUGCUGGGCUGCUCUGCUGCAAGCCAGGCUCAGUAUCGUGCUGAGAGAUGGUACGAAUACCCCAGUAGCAGUGGCUCUUAAUUUUGACGCUCGAGAUGAACCUGAAAUUGAACUAGCUGGUGGACUGGCUAAGAUCAUGGGUUUUUUGGAGUUUGUCGAAGGUUCUGUAAGGGAUACUGUAUUACCAGAAGGCAAAGGUGCUAUUCUCCACUCGUUUAUGAUGGCCACACACUCUGAUCUGUCACCGCGGGACAACGUGGCUGCAAUCAGGGCGUUGGAACACUCCACAAUGAGGAUCGCUAGGGACAGGCGGUUCAAGGGCGUCUUCACCACAAACACCAGUCCUCUGACGCAGCAAUUAGGAACUGACGUGCUCGGCUUCCAAACACUCCUCGACUAUCAAAUCAACCAGUACGUAGAUCCCAAUGGAGACAGGACCUUCGGGAAAGCACCUGAUGACAUGAGAGCUAUCGUCUGUUGGAAACCCGUCGACUAGUAUAUCAAUAUAUUUAUUUAUUCGUAAUUUAAAGGUUUAUUUAAAAGCUUUGGUUGCCCUCCGUUCUAUAUUUCAAGGGACAUCCAAUAUAUUUUUGACAUAAACCUCAAUGUUCCGUCGGGACAAGUUAAGUCCCUUAGUUACGAAUAUACAAAGGAUUAGGGACAA